AUACGAAAAUACAGUGCAAAGUCGCUGUUUUAUUCCAAAAACACGGUCAAAGUUUUUUUUUCUCAUUAUGCACUGUGUGCUGCAGGAUUUUUUUAUACUGCACACACUGACCACAUAGACCCAUUCUUUUAUAUGUAUGCCUACCAGCUUUCUCCCACUAGAUUUGAGGGCGCUAGAAUUUAGGCGUACUAGUACGUCAAAAACCCUGGGUCGUAAGCCGUACUAGUUCGGCCGAAACCCUCAAAGGGUUAAUAGACUUAAAUGAGAAAUGUAAAUUGAGAGAGGUUGGAAAAUGUUGUGCCAAUACUGUACUUAAUAUGAAAAGGGGGGAUGUGAAAACUUCUCUAAAUUAUAGGCCUGUUUCACUAGCAAGUACGUAUAGCUGUGAAAACCUUUAAAAAGCCAUUAGAGGAAAAUGGAUACACUUUUCUGAGUGAUAGAAACAUUUCAGAUGAUAAACCACUGAAUGGGUGGGGUUAGAACCUAUGGCAGGUGAGUCAUAAAACUUAAUUAAUAAACAGUUUGGAUUUAAAAAAGGUUAUGGUAUACUAUAGUGUCUCAUGAGAGGUUAAUUAAUAUGGAAAUUGCAAAAUGUGUGUAAAUUAUUGCAAAGGAUGAGAGUCUUUUUAGUAUGAAAAAAUGCAGAUAUAUUACAGGUUGACCAUCACUAAUCCGGCAUCAUCAGGACCUGUAGGAUGCCAGAUUACAGAGCAGUUAGGUUAGAAUACACUUAGCCCAGUGGCGAUGUUUACGCAUCGGUGAUUGUGCCCACUUUACACCUUAUUUUUGGCCCAUUCCAUUGUCUACCAAACUCUUAGUUAUUUCACUAGUAUUCCUUCUAUUCUUUCGACUGAGUACAAGAAACCGCCCAUUUACCUGUUUCCACUACCCAAUAAAGUGGUCAGAAAUUGGUAAUUUGGCCAAUUUCACACACAUUUCAAGAGAUGCCAAUUUCAAAAUAGGGUCCAGAAUAAACAGUGCAGACAUUUCUGGCACUACAAUAACAUUUUCUCUGUUCAUUAGCCACAUCUCCAGGCCCCUCUUAAUAUUAUUUUGAAUUUUUAUUCACACCGAAAAAUAGAAGAUUUACUGUUAUGCAGACUACUGCAGUAUUGUAAUAAUUGUAUAAAUAAUGUCAACCCAUUCAUGACUGCGUAUUAGACCGGCCAGGUUGACACGUAUUGGAUGGUAACGUCAAUUGUUUACUCCUGAACAUCGGCAAAAAUCGAACAUAAAUACAGCUAUAAAACCCAUAAGUUGCUGUUUUACACAGUAGCAGUUUUUUCUCAUACAUUGCAUGCUGCAGGAUUUCUUCUAUAGAGUACACACUUACCACACAAAACUAUUAUCUCAUAUAUAGGCUCAAAUUUACCAGUCACAGCUUAUCUGAGUGAGCUGAGCUCAUGGCAACCGACAGUGGCUUCAAAGCCACCUUAUCUUUUAUUGACUAUGUACGGUGUAUGUGCUUUACACAACAAGAAGCAUUUCUUUUAUUCGUUGGAACCAUGGCUAGGGCUAGAAGUGAGCAGGUUAUAGCAAUAAAUGGAGAAAAAGAAACUGGACUGACUUGUGCAGCAUGUAGCACCACCAAACAGUAGCGGCAGGCUGGUGUGGCAACCCUGGAAAUUUGAAAUUAUGGUAACCGAAAUUAGUGCCGGAUUACUGAUAGAACCAGGUUACUGAUUGCUGGAUUAGUGAUGGCCAACCUGUACACAAUAGUGAUAAGAGGAGAGAUGUCUUUAUGAGGUGAUGUCACUAUAUGAAAUAAAACUUAUGGAAAGAGUAAUAAUGUAUAGUUUAUAUAUUGUGAUAUUUCAGUAUUACUCCAGUAUUUAUUUUUCAGUAACUCUGUUUACAUUUUGUCUUUAUGAAAACAGUCCAAACCUUUCCCAGUGGCUCAGUAUGGUGGACGUUUCACAGUCACUAUGUUACCAGGAGAUGGUAUUGGCCCAGAAAUGAUGGGCUAUGUUCAAAAUAUCUUUAGAUAUGCAGGUGUACCUGUUGACUUUGAAGUGAUUCAGAUAACAAAAAACUCAACAGAUGAUGAAUUUGAAAAUGCUAUGAUCUGUAUUAGAAGGAAUGGUGUUGCUUUAAAAGGAAGCAUCGAGAGCAAAUAUGGGAAUGCUUCAAGUGGUUCUCGUAAUGCGACACUGCGCACACAGUUGGAUCUCUUUGCUAAUGUUUUGCACUGUAAAACAUAUCCUUCUAUCCAGUCUCGACAUAGCGAUGUGGAUAUAAUUAUCAUCCGUGAAAACACUGAAGGAGAGUAUUCCAUGCUAGAGCAUGAGAAUGUGAAGGGUGUCAUUGAGAGUAUGAAGAUAAUUACUAGGAAGGGCUCAGAGCGAAUUGCAAGAUAUGCUUUUGAAUAUGCUAUCAGGCAUGGUCGCAAGAAGGUCACUGCUGUUCAUAAAGCAAACAUCAUGAAAUUAUCUGAUGGGCUCUUUCUGGAAACAUGUCGCAGCAUAGCCAAAGAAUAUCCGGAAAUAGAAUUCAGCGACAUGAUUGUUGACAACACCUGCAUGCAACUAGUAGCCAGACCCCAACAGUUUGAUGUCAUGGUGAUGCCCAAUCUGUAUGGUAAUGUAGUGUCUAAUGUUGUGUGUGGACUUGUGGGUGGACCGGGAUUACUCUCAGGACGAAAUUAUGGAGAGCAUUUUGCAGUAUUUGAACCAGGAACACGCAAUACUGGAGCAUCAGUGGCAGGCCGCAACAUUGCUAAUCCAGUAGCCAUGUUGAAUUCUGCAUGUGAUAUGCUAGAACACUUGGAUCUUCAAUCCCAUGCUCACCUGAUUCGAGAUGCUAUUGACAGAACACUGAAUGUGGACAAGAUUCAUACUGCUGAUCUGGGUGGACAAGCAACUAGUUUAGAUGUUGUUCAGAACAUCAUUCAUGUGAUCCAAGCCAACACCAAGGAUAGCAGUUGGUAAUUUUUUCCUACUUCUCCAGUUGCUUCUUUUGCUCAUGUCAGCUUGUAAGUUUUUACUUAUAGCUUUAGUCUAUACUCUUAUAAAAAAUAUGCCUAAUGUUGGCCAGUAUUUUUUUUUUUCAUAGCUUCAGUAGGUCUGUAAGUGACAAAUAUAAAUUUCUUAUUUUCUUUUUUGGAUUGACUAAGGCUUUGCAUAUCAAAACAGUAAUGUAUAUUUUGUUAAAAUUAUUAAGUAAUAAUGUUACAGUAAUAGUAGUAGGCAAAUACUGUACUGUCUACUGUCUAGGCUAUCUGUAUUCUGAAUACUAUAUACUUGUAGUUGAUAUCUCAAACUUCUUUUUAAUUUCUAACAUAUUAUUUUCUUAUUUUCACCAUUUUUCAUUGUCAUUUAUACAGUUAAAAAUUUCCUGCAAAUAAUAUAAUUCCUGAAAUAGAGUAGUACAGUAGUCCCCCCAAAUUCACGGGGGUUAUUUGGAAACUGCGAAUUCUGGACGCGGUUAAAAAAAAUUCCUAUAAAUGCCUAUUUUUAUAGUUUAAACCCUAAAUAUGCUCCCAAAACCCUUGAAUUUAAUUUCAAACUCAGCUUUAUACAUCACCCUUAACCCUUAAACUGUCCAAACUUAGAUCUACGUUCACAUGCGUAGUGCUCCGAACGUAAAUCUACAUUUCUUUUUAUGUGCUUUUAAGUGGAGAAAAUAAAGGUCGGAGCACUACGCAUGUAAACGUACUGUAAUUCAUGUUCUCUGGUAUACUGCAAUUCAUGCAACCUCAUUUUCUUUGGUAUACGUAUGGUAAAAAUAUGGAAAUUUUGCAGAAUUUACGUUAAUAUUUAUGUUACAAAAUUAUUAAAUUAUAGUUUUUCUUAAUAUUUAGCAUUCAGAUGCAUAAAACCAAAAAAAAAUUCAGCAGAUUUGCGGGGAUUUCCGCAAACAAUUAUUAGUUAGGUUCUAAGGAAAAAUCCUCAAAUUAGUAUUCGGUUGUCUUCUGAAGUAUUGGACCAAGACUGCUGUUCAGAAGAAAACAGGACGAUCUUGAAAAGAUAAUUUCGUAAUUCAGAUACUUAAGACAAUCAGCAAUAUCGUACCCCCCCCCCCCUAUAUUAGUCCGAUAAUUAGAGGGUUCACUGUACUCACAUUUUGCUAGAGGAAAAUUCACCCACUUCUUUUUAUGGUAGCUUGUAGAAUUCAUGAAGAGAAGCAUUGACAUCUUUAUCACCUGCCCCCUUUAGAAUUCUCUAUUUGGCUUAAGGAGACUACAGUAUAUAUUUAUACUUAGUUAAUUUGAACACCACAGGAAAAGUGCCAAAUUUUAUUUCAGGGAGAGGCUGAGGGAUUUUUUUUUAUAGAUUUCAUUGGUGAAUUGGUCACCUUAAGUUUCAUAAACCAGUUUUGCAACAUUUGCAGAGGUCUCAUUUGGAGGUGAAUUACAAUUACAUACUGUAUAUAAAUAUCGUUUCAAACAGAUUUUUUUUUUAUUUGUAUGUUCUUAGAAUUUAUAGGGUAUAAAACAAAAUAAAUUAUUAUUAAUUAUAAUAAUA